AGCAAAUCGUAAAACUGUAAUUACAUGUAGAUCUAGUUGUGUGUGAUUUUGUGAGGGGAGGGAGUCAUUUCAUAAAAAGUUAUUUGAAGCGAUAUAUAAAUGUGCAUAUAUAUCAAACCACGGUCAAUGUACGAUUCAGUUCUAUCAUUCUGACUGGGAUGAGAUUUGGUAGAAUGACUAUACAUUUACAGAAAGGAAAUUAUAAUAACUCAAAAUGUAAAGAAUACUGAAACUGAUGAUAUUUUACAGGUGUCUUCCGGUGCCCCCUUAAUUCCUUGUAUUUUUAAAUGUUCAAUUUCAUGGGUAUUUCGGGUGUAUUCUACACAAAAUAUGUAAAUACAGAGUAUUUUUAAUUCAAUGUAAUACAUAAGUCUGAUCUAUAUGUUUAUGUGGGAGAUUUGCCAUGUGAACAUGAUAAAAAGCGUAAGGUCUAAGCUAAUGAAUCAUCCCUUGGAGCGAAACGUCCCGCAUUAAAUUUGGUCCUAGUUAGUUUUUUUUUAAUUGGUCCUAGUUAGUUUUUUUUUUAAUUGGUAUAAAUUAAAUUAUUCUAGAUUUAUAAUUCAUGAUAUUCAUGUUUUUCACUGAUUAUCUACACGUUAUCACUUAAACAUGAAUGUAUGAUAGAAAAAUUGGUAGGUGAAUUAAUUACGAGGUACUAUGGACGAUCGGGUUCGGGAUAACAAUUUUGGCGUAGCUUUUAUUGAUGGCGGGACGCCGUGCCGCGGGUUAGACCAAAGUGAAGAUUUCUGAAAUGAAUGCAAAAAGGAAAAUCCGGAAAAGAAAAGUUGAAGAAUCAUUGCUGCUUAACUCUGAACAAAGAGAGUCUGAUGAAAAGGAGAAUUUUGAAGCAAAAUUCAUUAAUGAAGAAAUAGGGCAAGGUGUAUUUGCCAAAAAAAAAUUUAUUGAAGGAGAGAUACUACUAGAAUAUAGGGGAGAACUCAUCGAAGGAGAUUUUGAUUUUGAAGAUGACACAUAUGUUUUUCAAUUACACUUUAAAAGAAAGCAAUUUUGCAUUGAUGCUACCGAAAACAGAUCAUUUGGAAGAUUACUAAAUGAUGAGCACAAAAAACCAAAUUGUAAAGCAACGAUAAUUGAAGAAGAUGGUAAACCCCAUGUAUAUUUUGUUGCUGUCAGAGACAUAAACACUGGGGAAGAACUACGAUAUAACUAUGGUCCAGGAAUUUAUAGUUGGAGAACCUCUAAAACGCGCCAAAGAUGCAAAAUAGGUGGAGACAAAGACUCUAAGCAAGGAUCCACCAACAAAGAUUCAGACUCUACACGAGGAGCCACCACCAAAGAUUUAGACUCUCCGAGAGGAUCCACCACCAAAGGUUCACAUUCAGGCUCUCCGCGAGGAGUCACCACCAAAGAUUCAGACUCUAUGGGAGGAUCCACCACCAAAGAUUCACACUCAGACGCUACACAAGGAGCCACCACCAAAGAUUUACACCAAGACUCUACACGAGGAGCCACCACCAAAGAUUCAGACUCUACACAAGGAGCCACCACCAAAGAUUCACACCAAGACUCUACACAAGGAGCCACCACCAAAGAUUCACACCAAGACUCUGCACAAGGAGCCACCACCAAAGCUUCACACCAAGACUCUGCACAAGGAGCCACCAUCAAAGAUUCACACCAAGACUCUACACGAGGAGCCACCACCAAAGAUUCACACUCAGACUCUACACAAGGAGCCACCACCAAAGAUUCACACCUAGACUCUGCACAAGGAGCCACCAUCAAAGAUUCACACCAAGACUCUACACGAGGAGCCACCACCAAAGAUUCACACUCAGACUCUACACAAGGAGCCACCACCAAAGAUUCACACCAAGACUCUACACAAGGAGCCACCAUCAAAGAUUCAGACUCUACAGGAGGAUCCACCACCAAAGAUUCAGACUCUCCACAAGGAGCCACUACCAAAGGUUCACAUUCAGACUCUAUGCGAGGGGCCACUACCAAAGAUGCAGACUCUAUGCGAGGGGCCACCACUAAAGAUUCAGACUCUCCACGAGGAGCCACCACCAAAGAUUCAGACUCUCCGCGAGGAGCCACCACCAAAGAUUCAAACUCUCCACGAGGAGCCAUCACCAAAGAUUCAGACUAUCCACGAGGAGCCACCACCAAAGAUUCAGACUAUCCACGAGGAGCCACCACCAAAGAAUUAGACUCAGACUCUAUGCAAGGAUCCACCACCAAAGAUUUAGACUCAGACUCUAUGCGAGGAGCCACCACCAAAGAUUCAGACUCUACACGAGGAACCACCACCAAAGAUUCGGACUCUACACGAGGAGCCACCACCAAAGAUUCAGACUCUACACAAGGAGCCACCACCAAAGAAUUAGUCUCAGACUCUAUGCAAGGAUCCACCACCAAAGAUUUAGACUCAGACUCUAUGCGAGGAACCACCACCAAAGAUUUAGACUCAGACUCUAUUCAAGGAGCCACCACCAAAGAUUUAGACUCAGACUCUAUGCAAGGUUCCACCACCAAAGAUUUAGACUCAGACUCUAUGCAAGGAGCCACCACCAAAGAUUUAGACUCAGACUCUAUGCAAGGAGCCACCACCAAAGAUUUAGACUCAGACUCUAUGCGAGGAGCCACCACUAAAAAGUCAGACUUUACACGAGGAGCCACCACCAAAGAUUCACGCUUAGAAGAUGUUGGGAUGUGUCUUGCAAAAAUAACGGUGAUCAAGAAGGAUGAUAGUUUAGGAGCCAUUUACCAUAUGAAUGAAGAGGAAUGUGUCAUUGGAAGUGGAAGAGAGUGUAAUAUAAAAGUGUCCCUAACAAAUGUUGACAAUAUUCAUGCAGUUGUUGCAGUUGACAGAUUCAAGGCUUCCGUAACAAAUUUUAGUAAAAAGUUUCCUGUCAUUCUCAAUGGAAAACCAAUUGAAAUUGGCAAAGAAUUGAAUGAUGGAGAUAUGUUGGUCAUUGGUGGCAGAAAAUUUUUAUUCAAUCAUAAGAAAAGUUGCAAUAGUCACUGGGAUCUUUUUGAGGACUCGUCUGAACAUUCUGAUCCUUUUGACCCAGACUAUGAAAUGUCAGAGGAUGCAGACAAUGUGACUUCAGAAGACAGUUGUGAUGAAAUAAUUGAGGAAGAAGUUGAACAUGUUUCAGAUUCAGGUUCGGAUGUUAUUCCUUAUCAAGGACCACUCCAAUUUUUGGACCAGGAGGAAACAGUUAGUUCAACAUCAGAGCUUAUGGCUUUAAAUUCAGCAUCAAAGCACCAAAAGCAAAGAGCUACAGAUUUUGUAAUCAAGAAUGACAUCAUUUCAAGUACCGUUAAAGAUGUGGAAGUUCAGCAAUCUGGGAAUCAGGAUGGGAUUCGUGUUUGGGACAAGGUACACUAUUGUGUGUACUGCGAAAAAGGAUUCACCAAUAUAACUAAACAUUAUUUGGGAGUACAUUCAAAUGAAACAGAUGUGCAACAUAUCAAAUCUCAUCCUUUAAAGUCCACCAAUAGAAAACUUGCCCUAAUGAAGCUGAGAAACAGUGGUGAUUUUCAACACAAUUAUGAAGUGUUAAGAACACGCCAUGGAACUUUAGUAACUUUUACUAGAAAUUGGAAUGAAACUUCUGCAGACCAAUUUCUUCCUUGUCAAUAUUGUUUGGGAUUUUUCCUUAAAUCUUCUUUAUGGCGACACACCAAAAAUUGUCCGUUUGCUCCUGAAAGAAAAGAAAAAUACAGAAAAGUAUCAUCACAAUCCAUGCUGCUUCUUCCAACUAGCACAGAUGUUAGCGAAGGCCUAAGAGAAAAGGUAUUAAACCGAAUGUCUGCUGAUGAAAUUAGUAUAGCAGCCAGGAAUGAUCCUAUUAUUGUGAGAGUUGGAGAAAAACUUUAUCAGAAACAUGGACACUUGACUCACCUCUAUACAUAUGUAAGUCAAAAGAUGAGAGAACUUGGAAGAUUACUGAUUUUACUUAGAGAAACUGACAAAGAUAUUAAUUCUCUAGAUGAUGCAAUCCAUCCAAAGAAGUACCCUGCUGUGGUAAAAUGUACAAAAACUCUAUGUGGCUUUCAAGAAAACUCAAAUUCAUACAAUAAUCCAUCCUUAGCACUGAAGUUGGGACAUUCUCUUAAAAAAUGUGCAAAAAUAAAAAAUUCUAUAGCCCUGAUUCAAGGAAAUGGAAAUUCAACCAAAGACGCAGAGGGAUUUUUCACUCUGUGUGAAAACGAAUGGACUGAUUCAGUCUCAAGCAGUGCAUUUCAGACGUUGGCAUCAAACAAAUUGAACAAAGGUCAUGGAUUACCUCUCGCAGAAGACAUCCAAAAAAUGCAAACUCUUCUGAAGGAAAAAACUGAAGAGCUUGUUAUUCAGCUACAAAAAUCAGUGAAGAAAUCUGUAUGGGAUGAGCUGAAUCAAGUGACAUUGGCCAGACUUGUGAUGUUUAACAGACGCAGAGGUGGAGAGUCAGAGAGAAUGACACUUGCAUCUUUCUGUAAAAAAAGGUCAAAGAGUGACUCACUAAAAGAAAUUGAAGAUUCCUUAAAACCACUUGAAAGAAUCCUCUGUAAAACCUUUUCAAGAGUUGAAAUUCGUGGAAAAAGAGGACGCAUGGUCCCAAUCUUAAUAACACCAGCACUAGAGAGGAGCAUAGUUUUGCUAAAUGAAACCAGGGAACAGGCUGGAGUAAGUAAAAGCAAUCCUUAUGUCUUUGCCAGGUCAGGCUUCAGUUCCCUUAACCCAAUCCGAAGCUCAGAUUGUCUUCGAAAGUUUGCUGAAGAAAGUGGGGUUAAAAACACUCAGAAUUUGACUAGUACAAAGCUGAGGAAACACGUUGCUACAGUAUCACAAAUUUUAAAUUUAGAGAAAAGUGACAUUGAAAUCAUGGCAGGUUUCCUUGGACAUGACAUUAGGGUGCACACAUCAUUUUACAGGCUCCCAAGCGAUACAUUACAGAUUGCAAGAAUGGGAACAAUUCUGACUGCUUUUGACAACGGAGAAAUUUCAAAGUACAGUGGAAAAUCAUUGGACCAAAUUGCCUGUGAAGACAUUAAACUUGGCAAUGAAGAAGGUGAAGAGGAUAUGAGCAGUAGUGGAGAGGAAAGUGAUGAAGACAAUUGUCACAGAGGAAAAAAGAGGAAGCUGAAUCCUCCAAAAGAAGCUGCAGAGAAUGAAUCUGACAGUGAAGAGGACAAUGAGAAUGCACAUGGCAUGACUAAGAAAGAAAGGGAACAUGGGAAAAAUACAAAAACAGGCUCCUCAAAGAAACCAGGAAGUGAUGACCAAUACGUGAAAGGGAAACCUAAAAGAGUGCCAAAUACACGGCAUCAGUGGACACAAGAUGAGAAAGCUGCCCUAUUGAGAAAUUUUAAGAAGCCUAUUUCUUUAGGAAAAACACCUGGCCAAUUGGAUUGCUUAAAUGCUAUUAGGCAAGAGACAUGUUUAGCCAAGUUCACUUGGAAACAAAUAAAGUUUGCUGUAAAAAAUCUCAUUACAUCUGAAAGAAGACAAGUGAAGAAAAUGACAAAACAGGUGUAGAUUUCUUUACAAAGGAUGCAAAAAAUAUCUUCAAAGAGAUGCAACUGGAUAGGUGAUGUAAGAGAUGUAACUCAGAUGAUUUAAAAGAUGUAACUUAGAGAAAUGAUGUAACUUGGAUAUAUUACUUUAUUUUCAUUUCACUUGUACCAUAACUAUUUUCCCCCUUCCUGUCCUUAUUCUGUAAUGUUUUUUAAACUGAUUUUUUAAAUUUUGCCUAUUGUGUUUUGGUACAAGUUUGAUCAAAAUUGGGGAAACUUCCUUUGUAACUUCAUUAUAUUCAUUCCAGCGGAACUAAUUGGUAAUGCCAACUUGAUGCAACCCGUGAAAAACUUUCUUGCAAGCUGGUCUCUUGGAAGAGAUCUGCCAUGAAUAUGUGUUUGUCCAUCUUUCAUCCAUCUGUCCAUUUGUCACACUUUAGUUAAGUUUUAAAGAAAUUGUAGAAUAUACUUUUAUUGAAUUCCAUAUGCUGAUACAUAUUGGUUAGUGUUAUUCAAUUGCAUGUUAACUUUCCUUUGGUCUUAACCUUACUUUUCUUGAAUUUGCAUUUAGUUCAGGAUCAAAGAAACUUUAAGAUAUUUCUAGGAAAACUCAUACACUAAUACAUAUUGGUAAGAGCUAUUCAACUGUGUCAAAAAUCGUUGGUCUUGAGUUCAAUGUUACUCAUUUUGUGUUUAGCUUAGUUUUAAAGAAAGUAAUCAAGAUUUUUUUCUUCAAAUUAUAUAUUAGUAAGAGCUAUCCAACUGCAUCAAAAUUUUCUUUACCUUGACCUUCCGUAUGACCUUUACCUCACUAUUCCUUAAUUAGUAAUUAGCUCAUUUUCAAAAAAAGUAUUCCGGAUAUUUCUAUUAAAACUCAUACACUGGUACAUACUCAUGAGAAUUAUUCAAUUUAAUAUAAGUCUGACCUUAACCUUGCAAUUCGUCAUUUUACAUUUACUUAAAGGAUGAACUUUAAACAAUUAAGUUAUUCCUUCUUUCAUCAUAUAUUACUAUAAGCUCAGACCAAAGAAGCAGGAUAUUUUUUUUUUCAUUUUACAAUACAAAUGUACAUUGGGUGGGACAUUCAUGUUUCUAGUUCAUUGAUGUUUUAGAAAUGUGAAGCUUUUCGGCUUACCUCAGAUAAAAUACUUUGAAAUCGCCAUGGACUGAGAAACAAUAAAAUAAAGUUUAUUCUUAUAUCAGUUGUUUUAAUGCAUAUUUUUUAAGAAGGUUAUGUUACAUGGAAUGUAAAAAUGAAUUGAAUCUUUGAACACUGGGUCCUUUUGAUGUAUGCUGUAGCGCUGUAGACAAUGUGUCCUAUGUGUACAUUUAUAUGCAUAGAAAGUGUACAUAUAUAACAUUUGAGAAAUGAGUUAAUUUGAUAGUACAUACUAGUCUGAGUAGCAGAUAUUGUCACUUAAAUACAUCUACAAGCUAUGGUAAA